GUACCCUCCAGCUGUUACAACUCCUAGCAGGACAACUCCUAGCACUUACAAUAGUCGAAAGAUGGAGCACCAGAAAUAGCGUAAGUCGUUUAAAAAGUGAAGUUUAUUCCAUCAUCAUUAAAAAUAUAUUGCAUGCCCCAUAUGUCCCAUGGGCUUCACGCUCGACGCGUUUCGUGGCCACCUGACACUUCCUCAGAAGCACUGGAUGGCUGAGGAUUCUGGGAGCUGGAUUUCACAAAAAUCUCUCAGUGGCUUAAGGACAUUGAUUCUGAUUUUUGGUCGGGCAGUUUGACCACAGUACCUUACCGUGUAGACAAUGGAUGCGCUACGUCUAGCAAAUACUGGCUUGGCAGUAGAUAUUUUCAAAAAACUGUGUGAGAAGAGCGCAACAGAUAAUUUUGUCUUCUCACCAAUAUGCAUCUCCACCUCUCUGGCUUUACUGCACAGGGGAUCACAAGGAAACACAGCAAGUGAACUACAGAAAGUUCUUCAUUUUGAAAAAGUGAAAGAUUCAGAUUUUGGAUUUCAGUUACUCUCUUCAGAUAUCUCCAAAGUAAUCUCAAUAUACUCAUUAAAGCUAUUGAAGCGUGUCUACGUGGAUAACAGCAUUGAAUGCAAAAAGGAUUUUAUCAAUUCAACCAAGAAACCAUACCCAUUGGAACUGGAAACUAUUGAUAUUAAGAGUCGACCUGAAGAGGCAAGAUGUCAAAUCAAUUCCUCAGUAAAAGAGCUAACUGAUGGAAACUUUGAGGCUGUCUUGAAUGAGGGUUCAUGUGAUGAGAAAACAAAAAUCAUUAUGCUUGGUGCAGCCAGUUUCAAGGGAAAUUGGGUUUAUAAAUUUAAUGAAUCUGAAACAAAAGAAAUGGAUUUUCAUAUAAAUAAGAAAGAAACUAAGCCUGUGCAGAUGAUGCAUCUAGAAGCUCGCCUAAGCAUUGGAUAUAUAAAUGAGCUGAAAACAAUGGUAUUAGAGCUGCCCUUUACCAGCAAGCACCUAAGCAUUCUCAUCUUGUUACCUAAAGAUAUUGAAGAUGAUUCAACUGGUCUAAAAAAGCUCGAACAGGACAUGACUUUUGAAAAGUACGCUCAAUGGACCAAUCCAAGCAUGAUGGCUAACAGCAAAGUAAAAGUGUAUUUGCCCAAAUUCAAGCUGGAAAGCUCAUUUGAUCUUAAGGAUAUGCUGAAAAGCUUGGGAAUCAAUGACGCAUUUAACGAAGAAGCAUCUGACUUCUCCGGGAUGACGGAGAGUAAAGACACAUCUAUCUCUCAAGCGAUACAUAAAGCCUGCAUUGAAGUGAAUGAAGAUGGCACUGAGGCACCAGAUGUGACCAUGGAGAGGCGUUUAAUGAAUAAAGAGGAAUUCUGUGCAGACCGCCCAUUUAUAUUUAUUCUAAGGCACAAUAAAACACGCACUAUCAUUAUGUUUGGCAGAUAUUGUGGCCCUUGUGAGGCAUCUUCAACUGCUGAUUAAACUUCUAAUACCUAUCAUAAGCCUGAUUCAAUAAAAGCUCUGUAAAUAAUAAAAA